AUGUCGCGUAGGCCGCAUGAAAGCAAUGGCACUCCCACAAGAUCUCCAUCUGUAUCCCCAACUAGUACUGCUCAUAGUCCACCCUCUUCACAGAAAAGAGGCAGUAGUAGCAGCAUCAGUGAGUUAGACCAGCCUAGUAAAAAACAGAGAAUAGCCCAUUCUUCCAGCAAGGCUACUGUCAAUGGUCAUUAUAGUCCAGACAAAUAUGAAGUGACCACAACUACUCCAGAUUCCAGCCAUAUUAAGACAGAUGAAGAGAACAAAGGAAGCAGUCGGGCCUUAGCUUCAUCCACCUCAGACACCCCAGACUACAUCCUUCAGUACACCAUGAUCAACUCCCAAGAGCAGCGGAGGAGGUACAAGGAGGACUUCAACCAACAGUACGACCACUACAGGGGGAUACAUGCUAGUGUGGAGAAAGUUUCCAAGAAGUUCCGAGAGCUCCAAGAACAGCUCUACAAGUCCAAACCUGGCACAGAGGAGUAUGAGAAAAUCCGUGACAAAAUCUACAGAGAAUACAAGGGCAUGAAGAAUGACUCAAAAUACAUGGAAGAGAAGAAGGAAGUUGACUACUUGCACACUAAACUAGGACACAUUAAACGAUUAAUACAGGAAUAUGACCAGUCCCUUCAUGAAGACUCCUAG